AUGGCGAGUGCCGCCGCCCAGAAUGUUAUCCGCAGGAAACUCGUCAUCAUUGGCGAUGGUGCUUGCGGAAAAACCAGUUUGCUGAGCGUCUUUACCCUCGGCCACUUCCCAACUGACUACAUACCGACCGUCUUCGAGAACUACGUAACCGACUGCAGGGUAGACGGGAAGUCGGUCCAGCUCGCACUAUGGGACACGGCCGGACAAGAAGAUUAUGAGCGGUUACGGCCACUCGCCUACUCACAAGCACACGUCAUCUUAAUAGGCUUCUCCAUCGACACACCAGACUCCCUUGACAAUGUCAGGCACAAGUGGGUCCCGGAGGCGCAGGAGAGAUGUCCCGAGGUUCCCAUAAUCCUCGUAGGCCUAAAGAAAGACCUGCGGGAUGACCCCGUGGCAAUAGAAGAGAUGCGCAAAAAGUCACUUUCGUUCGUCACCACGUCCGAGGGCGACCGAACCGGCGCGGAGAUCGGCGCGCGAAAAUACCUCGAGUGCUCUAGUCUGACAGGCGAGGGCGUCGACGACGUAUUCGAGGCGGCUACGAGAGCCUCGCUGCUCAUGUUCGAGAGGAGGGGCGACGGGAGCGGCUGCUGCGUUAUUUUAUGA